AUGGCGACUCUCCGGCGUCUUCAGCAAACUCUCGCCCAUUUUCAAGCCCCUAAACAGGCCCGGCCGCUCUCCGUGGUCUAUGGCCCGACCGAGCCUAAGCUCCUGGAUAUUACGCUGGGCGAGCUGCUGACUCUGCAGAGCCUUCAGUAUGGCGACUACGAGUGCCUGGUGUUUCCCUGGACCGGAGCCCGCUGGACCUAUGCCACCCUGAGCGAGGAGGCCGACCGGCUCGCUCGCGGUAUGCUGGCCAUGGGAAUCCAAAAGGGCGACCGUAUUGGUAUUAUGGCUGGCAAUUGCGAGCAGUACAUUUCCGUGUUCUUCGCCGCUGCCCGGGUCGGAGCCAUCCUGGUAGUGCUGAACAACACCUACACACCGUCGGAGCUCUACUACGCGCUGGAUCAUACUGACUGCCGCCUUUUAUUUAUGACGCCUCGGAUUGGUCGUCAUGUGCUGGAGGAGGUGUUGGUCAAACUGGGCCCACAGCCCAAGCAGAACGGCAGAUCGGCUGCGCUGGAGGAGAUCAUCAUCCUGCGGGGAGAGUACCAGAACUUUGACACCUACGCGGGGGUGAUUCAGCGGGGAGAGAAGCUCCCUAGCUCUGCCUUGCCGGAUCGCGAAGCCGAGCUGCGACCAGACGAUGUGUGCAAUCUUCAAUUCACCAGCGGUUCGACUGGUAACCCCAAAGCCGCCAUGCUGACCCAUCACAACCUGGUCAACAACUCCCGGUUUAUCGGCGACCGUAUGGACCUCACCUCUUUCGACAUCUUGUGCUGUCCCCCGCCUCUCUUCCACUGCUUCGGGCUGGUCCUAGGCAUGCUUGCGGUGGUCACCCACGGCUCGAAGAUUGUCUUUCCCAGCGAAACCUUUGACCCCAAGGCCGUUCUCCACGCCAUUUCCGACGAGAAAUGUACCGCGCUGCACGGUGUUCCCACUAUGUUCGAAGCGAUCCUGAGCCUUCCUAAGCCAGCCAACUUUGACACCAGCAACCUCCGCACAGGCAUCAUCGCCGGAGCUCCCGUACCCCGUCCGCUGAUGAAGCGUCUUUUCGAAGAACUCAACAUGACCCAAUACACCAGUAGCUACGGCCUCACCGAAGCCUCUCCUACCUGCUUCAACGCCGUUACCUCCGACACGAUCGAGACACGUCUCACCACCGUCGGCAAGGUCAUGCCGCACGCGCGAGCCAAGAUCAUCGACGCGCAGGGCAACAUCGUUCCUGUAGGCGAGCGCGGCGAGCUCUGCAUUGCAGGCUAUCAACUCACCAAGGGAUACUGGAACAACCCCGAGAAAACCGCCGAGACGAUGACGACAGAUUCUGAGGGCAUAACGUGGCUGAAGACGGGUGACGAGGCGGUCUUUACGCCAGAGGGACGGUGUUCAAUCACGGGACGAUUCAAGGACAUAAUUAUUCGAGGCGGCGAAAACAUCUACCCCCUCGAAAUCGAAGAACGACUCGCCGCUCACCCCGCCAUCGAAGUUGCCUCCGUGAUCGGCAUCCCCGACCAAAAAUACGGCGAGGUAGUGGGCGCAUUUAUCUCCGUGGCGGCAGGAUACGAGAAGGCUCCAUCCGUGGAGGAACUGCGGGACUGGACGCGCGAAACUCUAGGCCGACACAAGGCGCCGCAAUAUGUAUUUGUGUUUGGGGAGGAGGGCGUGGAUCGGACGGUGCCAGUGACGGGCAGCGGGAAGGUGCGAAAGGUGGAUUUGCGAAAGUUGGCGGCGGGGGUGUUGGAGCGGAGGGCUGGUGGUGCUGCUGCCACGGGCACACAAGAGCAGGCACAGGCACAGGCAUAA